AGACAUCUGUUUCCAGCCGAGAGGCGAGAGCCUACUUGAUUCCAGUGAAACGGCUCGGCACCGACGGACUCUUGUGCACUGCGGAACGGCGUCGAACAAGAGCAGAAAUUUUAUAUCAAUAAUUCGUGUUAGUUUUAGAGUUCGUUUGACGGAGUGGUUCUCCUCACGAUGACUGCCUUGUCGCUGCUAUUUUUGGCCAUGUCGGCCGCCUAUGUCCUGGCCGAGUCCACUGUCUAUUUCCGAGAGCAAUUUGAAGACGGGGAUGCCUGGAAGAGUCGCUGGGAGGAAUCCAAGCAUAAAACGGACUAUGGCCAGUUUGUCCUGACGGCAGGCAAAUUCUAUGGGGAUGCAGAGAAGGACAAAGGUUUGCAGACAAGCCAGGACGCCCGCUUCUACGCGCUGUCGUCCCGCUUCGACGACUUUAGCAACAAAGGCCAGCCCCUCGUCAUCCAGUUCACUGUCAAGCACGAGCAGAGCAUCGACUGCGGCGGUGGCUACGUCAAAGUGUUUCCCUCGGACCUCAAGCAGGAGGACAUGCACGGGGACUCGGUCUACAAUCUCAUGUUUGGUCCUGAUAUUUGCGGACCCGGCACAAAGAAAGUUCACGUCAUCUUCAACUACAAGGGCAAGAACCAUUUGGUUAACAAAGACAUCCGAUGCAAGGAUGACGAGUUUACCCACUUGUACACCCUGAUCGUCAACCCCGACAACACGUACGAGGUGAAGAUCGACAACAAAAAGGUGGAGUCCGGCACUUUGGAGGACGACUGGGACUUCCUGCCCCCAAAGAAGAUUAAGGACCCCGAAGCCAAGAAACCAGAGGACUGGGACGACCGGGAGAUGAUUCCUGACCCUGAUGAUACCAAGCCAGAGGACUGGGACAAGGCCGAGAACAUUCCCGACCCCGACGCCAAGAAGCCGGAUGACUGGGACGAUGAGAUGGACGGCGAGUGGGAGCCUCCUAUGAUUACUAACCCUGAAUACAAGGGUGAGUGGAAGCCUAAAGAGAUCAGCAACCCCGCCUACAAGGGAAAGUGGAUCCAUCCCGAAAUCGACAACCCGGAGUACACUGCCGAUUCUGAGAUCUACAAAUACGACAGCAUUGGCGUGAUUGGACUGGACCUGUGGCAGGUCAAGUCCGGCACCAUCUUUGACAAUUUUCUGAUCACUAAUGACCCGAAACUCGCUGAGGAAGUUGGUGAUGACACAUGGGGCAAAACCAAGGAGGCCGAAAAGAAGAUGAAGGAUAGUCAAGACGAGGAGGAGCGAAAGCUGCGCGAGGAAGAGGACAAGCAAAGGAGAGAUGAGGCAAAGGAUGAUGACGAAGAGGAAGAAAAAGAUGAUGAUGAGGAGGAGGAAGAUGGCGAGGAAGAAAAUGAAGAGGAGGAGGAAGAAGACGACACUGAGUCCCCCAUGAAGGAUGAGUUGUAAAGAGUUGAAAAGCAAGGAGCAGCUUAAAGAGCAGACUGUCAAACCACAGGAGAUGACUCACCCAGUGGGAGGAGUUUUGUUUUGUUUACAAAGACUGAGAGGGUUAAAACAUCAUUAUUAUUACUAUACCAUAAUAACAAUGACAAUUCUAAACUGUGAUGAUUAUAAUAGAAAUAUGAUUAGAAAUGAAGAUGUCGCAGUGAAUGUCCAGACUAGAAAACCACAUUUUAAUUUUUUAAAAUUUUUAUUUGCAGUUUAUACAAAACAAAUGUGUAUGUUAAGGACUAGACUGAUUUUGCCAAAAUCUGGGUUGUUGGUGACACAUGACAAAUCUAGUUUUUGUAAAAAAAAAAAAAGUUUGUGUUACCUCAUGCGUUUUGUUUGUCUCAUGAUGCUGUCUUUAUUUUAAUUGUUUUUGUCAAUCCCAAAUUUCAAGCGCUUGCUCCAAGGUUCAUCGCAUCAAACAAGGGAAGAUACGACCUUAAAAGUCUGAUGUAGUUCCAGUUGGGAUGUUAAACCUGUGAGGAAAUCCCUUGCAUACGUUUGCACUGUACAGUUAUGACCACAUUUGUGCACAUAAGACUAGUUUCUGAAUAGUUUUCUGAAGCACUCCAGCAUCAGGAAAGCUUCUGUUCAUGUUAGGUUUAGUCAUUGUUUGGUGUAUGCAGUCAACUCUCCUCAUCCCGGAUGCACACUGCAGCCGAGCGCUGAUCCUUUUUGUAAAAGACAUUUUGUACUAAUACUGCUGGUAAUUUAAGUGAGGGGAUUUGUCGUUUGAGUGCAAAUGAAAAAAUAUGUUCUGUCCAAUAAAAACAACCACAGGAAAU